AUGUUACACAAGAUAUUCUUAAUACUUUCACUGUUAUUCGUUAUUCAUCAAGCCUCUGCGAGAUGUCCACAGGGCUGGGUAAUGUACAAUAGCAACUGCUACUACUUCAGUGACUCACCAUACACAUUUAAUGACUCUAGGGCAGUUUGUCAAAAGAGGGGAGGUGAUUUACCAAGCCUUGUCGACCAAGCAGAAUGGGAGUUUGUGAAAGCCCAGGUAAAGCUUAGAAAAAAAUAUUUCUGGAUCGGUGCAACUGAUGAGGGUGACGAAGCUAACUGGCGAUGGGUGGAUGGGAAACCAUGGGAUCCCGCCCUCGCAAAGGCAUCUUGGGCGAAGGGUCAGCCGGAUAACUGGAACGAUAAGGAACAUUGUGCCAUGGCCCGCACCAAUGGCGAUUGGAACGACAUUGGUUGCACUGCGAACCUUCGCUACAUAUGCAAGAGACCAACAGAAUACAUCGACAGGUGCGACUUGGAGGACGGUUGGCAUGGUUUCGGUGACAGAUGUUACAAGUUUUUCACGGAUACAGCGACAUUUUCUGAUGCCCAAGACACGUGCAGUGGAUAUGAUGGGAAUCUCUUGAUAGUGGAUACCCCGGAUAAAUUACAGAUUUUAACUGACAGCGUAACAUGUCAGGAGAUAUCGUCAAGCCUCUGGAUUGGACUGUCAGAUACGAACGGGUUUCCUGGUACAUACAUCUGGGUUGACGGAUCACCAAUUACUAUAACAAACUGGGAUGACGGGAUGCCUAAGAACGUCGAUCCAGGAAACACAUGUGUCGAGGUCGUGGCUAUGGCGGGCUUCAAAUGGAGAACUUCAGCCUGUAAUGUGAGGAAGAAAUUUAUGUGCCAAAAACCACCGGGGAAAUGUUUGGAAGGAUGGCAGGAGCUGAACGAGAACUGCUAUAAGACCUACGGGUUGGACAGAGAUAUAAACACAUGGCCAGAAGCUCAACACACCUGCCAUGGCCAGAAAGCAGGACUACUCAAACUCGAGAGCCCACAGGAAAAUGCUGUCAUCGUGGAGAAAGUUUUUCCCACCCUAAAGGACAACGAGAUAGAAUCUAUUUGGCUUGGUCUAUCUGAUCGUGACAUUGAUGGUUCCUUUGUAUGGUGGGACAAGAACCCUGUGUUGAUACCUAACUGGGGUAAAAAUCAGCCUAGAAACACCGCAAAGGCAAUGGACUGUGGAAGCAUGCAGACAGGUGAUGCCACUGGGAAAUGGACUACCUCUUACUGCUUUACAAAGAAAGCUUUUGUUUGUGAACAUCCAAUUUGGAUAGCUCCAGAUCCAAAAGAACCACCAACGCUUUGCAAGAAGAACACGAUGGGACAGGACUGGAAUGGUGAAUUAGCAAAGACAAGAUCCGGCAGAACUUGCCAAAGAUGGGAUUCCCAAGAGCCCCACAAACACACGAGGAAUAACCCAGCUAACUUCCCUGAUGCCGACCUUGCCACUGCUGCUAACAAAUGUCGCAAUCCUGAUCGUACACCGUAUGGACCGUGGUGUUACACGAAUGACCCGAAAACAAGAUGGGAGUACUGUGAUAUACCAUUUUGUCAUGAUAUCUACAGGUGUGAGGACGGCUGGGAGCAGUACGAGACUUCUUGUUUCUACUUCGGGGAUGAUAGGAUGCGUUGGAGUCAGGCCAGGUCACAAUGUCAGAAUAUGAACGCUGACCUAGCUACCAUUAACACAGAGGACGAACAGUCUUUUAUUUCUAAAAUUGUACCAUGGCGUGGAUGGAUAGGCCUCAGGGAUACCAUCGAACAGGGAAAAUAUUAUUGGGUCGACGGUUCUCCGCUUAACUACACAAACUGGAUGCGUGGAGAACCGAAUAAUUAUUACCCCGGCGAGGACUGUGUUGAGGUACACGGCCCUGGGGAGUAUCCCUGGGGUGGGGGUUUCUACCCAGGGGCUUGGAAUGAUGACGUAUGCGAGGGGAGAAAUAAAAGUUUCAUCUGCAGAAAACCAGCAAUUCCAUAUGAUCCACCACCCACAACCAAGCCAGUGACAAAACCAUUUUCACGUCGAUGUGGACCAGAGUGGAAAUAUGACAGUGUUGGAAACAUGUGCUACCAAAUUGUGGAUAAACCGUCAAACUGGGUGACUGGAAGAGCGGACUGUCUGGCUAAAGGGGGAGAAUUGGCUAGUAUACACGGACCACACGAACAGGCUUAUGUUGGAGCAUUAUUAGCAAGUUCGUAUGGACACGGUCGAUUGCGAUUCUGGUUCGGUGGUAACGAUCGUGAUCUGGAGGGAGGGUAUGCUUGGAGUGAUGGGACUCCCUUCAAUUAUGUCCAUUGGAAGCCUGGUAACCCUAGUAACUCAGGUGGGAGGGAGCAUUGUGUCGAGAUACAGGCUAAUGACGGUAGAUGGAAUGACAACAAUUGUGCUAAAAAGAUGCCGUACAUUUGCAAAAAGUUCGCGAAGGGGUCAACAACGCUGCCACCACCUGUCACGCCUACAGCAGCACCUGAUUGUGUUGCUGAUGCGAUGAUAUCUGGAAAACACAACAUACAGGAUGAGCUUCUAAAGGCUUCGUCAAUAUGGGACAACGAGCAUGGACCUUGGAACUCUAGACUAGACUUUCAAAGACAAACGAAAUGUGUGUGGAAACUUCUCAUCGGUAUAGCUAUCAAUGGACAGAACGACAAGGUGUACGAUAAUGUCCAGUUGGAGCAAUGUAAACAAUACUGCACACUAGACCCCGCUUGCAAGAGCAUAGAAUACUGGGUCGGAGGCUCAAACAGAAUGAGAUGUUCAAUAUCCAAGUACAACUCAGACACGGCACCACCGAAUCUUGUUCACAAAAACCCUGCAAUAGAUCUCUAUGAAAAACACUGUGGUGACAUGAGAGGAAGUUGGGUGCCACAUCUGUCUGACCAUAAUGCAGCUCAAUGGAUUGAAGCAGAUUUUAUCCUUCCAAUGCUGGUGAAAGGGGUUAUUACCCAAGGUCGUCAAGAUGAACAGCAAUGGGUGACAAAAUAUAGAAUCUCCUGGAAGUAUGAUAAUACGUACAACUUCCAAUGGUAUGAGGAACCUGUAGGUAAUGCUAAGUUGUUUGAUGGUAACACUGACCAGCAGACCAAAGUGUCUCAUACGUUCAAAUACCCAGUAACUGCUCGUAGAAUCCGUCUUCACCCGACAGAGUGGUUCAACUUCAUUGCACUGAGAUGGGAGGUGAUGGGCUGUAUUGCUAAGGAAUGCACGUCUGAGCGUUUGGUAACUGGGCCUAGUAUUGUUCCUGAUGAGAGUUUAACAGCGUCCUCUAUGUGGGAUGCCCUGCACAGUCCAGCUCAGGGAAGACUUGACACAGUCAGAGUCGGUGAAUUGCGUGGGGCAUGGGUGGCAGGCGAGCCAUAUCAUGACCAGGUGCAGUACAUACAAGCUGAUUUUGGACUGAACAUGCGAAUUACAGGCAUCAUUACUCAGGGACGGGACGACCUCGACCAAUGGGUAACAUCAUACAAGGUCUACUAUAGCGUCGAUAAUGCAAACUUUCACGAGUAUCAGUCACCAUAUAACAACCCAGUGGUUUUCCAAGGUAAUUCUGACAGACGUACACUGGUUACAAACAUGUUAGAUUCUCCAUUCUGGGCAAGGUAUGUUCGAGUGAAUCCAUUGACCUGGAAUGCCCACAUCGCCAUGAGGUUUGACGUACUUGGAUGUCUAUCAGGCUGUCAACCAGCGGCACUGAUUGACGGACCAAAUCCUGUAGACGACCACCAGCUUACUGCAGCCUCUGUGUUUGACAGCAACCAUGGCGCACACAGGUCGAGGUUGAGUGCUGUCAGAGUGGGUGAACUCAGGGGUGCAUGGUCGGCAAAAUACAAUGACAAGAAUCAAUACAUACAGGUCGAUCUUUUGACCAAUAUCCACAUUCGAGCCAUUGGUACCAAAGGUCGUGAUGACACUCUCCAAUGGGUCACGAAGUAUAACCUCUACUACAAACUACAUGGUGGCGUGGGAGAUAUGCAGAUGUAUUAUGAAGAUGGGACGCCAAAGGUAUUUGAGGGUAACUAUGAGAAUAGGCAGUUGAGGAAACAAUAUUUAGCAAACCCAUUCUCAGCGCAGAUAAUUAGGUUAUGGGCAUUGGGAUGGAGUGGUCACAUUUCUAUGAGAUGGGAAGUCUAUGGCUGUCCAGAUUCUAGUGUAACAGCACCAGUUGGAUGUUUUGGUGACAACCCCGAGAAUAGAGAUUUGCCAUAUACCCCCAUAUUCUGGCCGAACGGAGCUACUGCGAGAGGAUGUAUUAACCAUUGCUUCAGAAAUGGAUACAUUUUCGGAGGUAUACAGAAUGGGAAACGCUGCUUUUGUGGUAACUCUUACGGUAAACAUGGGCCUAGUUCCGACUGCAAUAUACUAUGUCCAGGUGAUCCCGAACAGAACUGUGGCGGUGUGAACGCUAAUAUGGUAUAUGGAACAGGCUUAGCACCAACAACUUUGAGGUGUAGGGAUGGUUAUACUGCAUAUGGAAACAACUGUUACAAAGUGGUCGUAAGACCAAGGGUACCAUGGACAGAUGCCCAGUCUGCUUGUAGGAAUGACGAAGGAGAUCUUGCAACUUUGAACAGCGAGGCAGAAAAUGACUUUGCCCUUGGCCUCAUUAAAAGCUAUCACGGUGGAAGGGUGCCAUUUACAUGGAUUGGACUUAGUGAGCUUAGAUUUGAGAAUUUGUAUGAAUGGUCAGAUGGUCAACCUGUGCUUUUCACCAAAUGGAAUCCUGGUGAACCGAACGAUGCCAAUAAACAAGAGAAAUGUGUCCAUAUGUAUGCAAAUAGUAGAUGGAAUGACAGAAAAUGUGAAUCAAAAUUGCAAUACAUGUGUAUGACUCAAAAGGAAGAAAUAGCUGGUCCAGUUACCCCAGACCCAUCUUGUCCCUUAGGAUGGAAACGAUAUGGUAACUCGUGCUAUGCGUUCAUGACAACUCCUAGAACUUGGGAACAGGGGAAGUCUGCCUGCUCUGGAUUCGGAGGAACGAUGGUACGAAUCGAUGAUAGUUCAGAACAAGCAUUUGUGGCCUCUCAGUUGGGCUUGGUGGAGAAGGGGACGCUAUGGACAGAUCUUAGUGAUCAGGCGUCUCCCGGGACAUAUGCCUGGAGUAAUGGCAACACGUUUGUAGCUCUUACACAUUGGGCAGAAGGUCAUCCAGAUGAUACCAAAGGACAAUGUGUUUCCAUGGGUACGGGUCAGCUAGCUGGUCUAUGGUAUGGUACACCGUGCGAUAAAACCAAUGGCGUUAUUUGUGAGAUCACGUGUUCUGAUUGCGUCACUCCUCCAACCCUGACACCAGACCCAGGCGGCCUUGGACCUUGUGCGCCCGGAUGGAUAGAAUUUGGUAGCAAUUGCUUUGAGGUGAACAAUGAAAGGGCAAAUUUAAGGGCACCAUGGUAUGACGCCAGGCAGAAUUGUGUUCUGAAAGGAGGUGACUUAGCAAGUUUCCACAGUGAGGACGAGUUCAAAUACGUUUUUAAGAUGGGAAUACUGGAGCAAAAUCUUGGUUCUCUGUGGAUCGGGCUGAACAACAGAGCAACGGGGCAGGGCCACGUAUGGAGUGACGGGUCAUCAGUUGCCUAUACUAAUUGGAACACUAAUGAACCUAAUAACCAUGGAGGAAAGGAAAAUUGUGCAGAGGUAUACAGCGGAAAUGGUCUCUGGAACGAUAAUGACUGUAACAAGGGGAGGCAUUGGAUUUGUAAAAUAAGAAAGGGACAACAGGUCAUGUCAACUACACUACCAGCCAUACCAUCACCAGGACCCCCUGGCAGUUGUUCACCAGAUAACGAUGACUGGAAGAGUUAUAAUGGUAAAUGCUACUACGUUGGCAAAGGGGGUGAUGAUGAGACGUUGUCCUGGUUCGCUGCAGACCAGUUCUGCCAUGACAAUGGAGGUUAUCUGGCAUCAGUUCACUCUGACGAUGAUAACAAUUUCAUAUGGGGUCUGGUGAAGGACAGCGCCAUAGAUAAAUAUUUUAUUGGCCUGAAUGAACUCGAUCAAGACAAAGGAUAUGUAUGGACGGAUGGCACCCCGGGCGAUUACCUCAACUGGGCCCCAAACGAACCAAAUGAUGCCGGAGGGUCAGAGAGAUGUGUCUCUAUGUAUGUAAGAACUGCCCAAUGGAAUGAUGAUCAUUGUACCACCGAACGUCCGUUUAUCUGUAUGAAGAAGCAGGGUGGUGGAACGUUCCCUCCUAGAACAAUCCCUCCACCUCUACCCGGCAAUUGCCCAAAGAUGUUCAAACCUUUCGGCAACAAAUGCUUCAUGUUCGUCGAUCCACCCAAAGAAGGACGAUUAAAUGCCACUCAGGCUCGAGAUCAAUGCAGAGCAUAUGGGGCGAACUAUGAUCUAGCCUCAAUAACAAACGAAAGGGAAGCAGCUUUUGUGACGAGUCAGAUGCUGGGCAAGACUUCAGAUCUUUUCAUUGGAUUUGUAAGGCGUGGCAAGAAAUUCAGAUGGCUGGACAAUUCUAUCGUCACUUACACCAACUGGUUCCACGGGGAGCCAAACUUUGCUGGAAGAAAGGAAUAUUGUGUGAGGGUCAGAAGAGCUCAGUUUGCCGCUGGAAAGUGGAAUGACGUACCGUGUGAAGGAACGUCAGGGUGGAUUUGUGAAACAUACAAACAGACAAGCAUUCCAACACCAGAACCCCCAGCGCCAUCUUCCUGCCCCACUGGAUUCACAUCCUGGAACGAGAAUUGCUACAUGUACGUCUCCUCCCUCAGGACCUGGGACCAGGCUUCUUCCUAUUGUUCUCAGCAAAGCACCUCUAAGUUAACAGGGAUUCUAAGUGCUUAUGAGCAAGGCUUUGUGUACAGUGUACUGUUGAAGAAUAAUCCCAACCAGGCUCUAUGGUUAGGAUUGAGUGAUAGAAUGGUUCCUGGUACAUACAGAUGGGUGACAGGAUGGCGUCUAUAUUUCUCCAACUGGGGGAGCAACCAACCGUCACGUGACAAUGGAGGAUGUGUUCAAAUGAAUCCUAAUGGUAAAUGGAGCGAUGAAGACUGCAAUGGACAGAGAUCUUUUAUUUGUAAAAUUUCAAAUGAUGGUGGUCCACCAGUUGAACCACCCGCUGGUGAUGGCUACUGCCCUGAUGGAACAGAUGACGACAAAGACUGGGUGAAGUACAAUGGUUUCUGCUACCUCUUCCGUCAGACGCUCAACAAGAAGUUCGCAGACGCUGCUCAUGAAUGCAAUAUGAAGGGGGCUGAAAUGGUUUCCGUCCAUGACCAGCUCGAACAUAACUUCAUAUAUACACAUCUGUCACAUGAUGCAAGAUGGGCGCUCUGGAUUGGGUUAAUCAGGCAAAGAUCCGGAUCCUGGGUUUGGAGAGACCAGAGUCCGGUUGAUUUCACCAAGUGGAACAAGGGAGAGCCCAAUGAUCCGGAUGGAAAGAACAACGAAGACUGUACGGAGAUGUAUGCUUACUAUGCCAAUGGUGGCUGGAACAAUAUCCCAUGCACCGUACAGAGAGGAUAUAUUUGUAAAGUAGAACAAGUGUCAGAACGCACAACCAUCACACAACCCCGGACCAACCCACCUCCACAGAGUUCAACCACUCGGAUAACAUAUCCACCGGGUGUAAGCACACCAAGUACUACACCAAGACCAGGUCAAACCACUAAAUGGAUCCCUCCCUGGUUAAGGACCACAGUAAAGACGACAACAGGGGGUGCUGGGAGGUGGACAACUUGGGGACCAUUCACCUGGCCUACCUGGAGUAGAGAGCCUCCAACUAUGGGCCCUUCACAAAUUGUAGCUACUGCACCACCUCCGUCAGUAACCACAGGCACAAUAGUUGGAAUAGUAAUAGUGGUAUUGAUAGCAAUUGUAGUUGGUAUCAUUGCCUUUAAAUUCCUGCAAAAUAGGAGGGCCAAACAAACGAACCUUGCAGAUGCAUUCGACAAUCCCGCUUAUUCUGUCUCGGAGGGGUCUGUCAACAAUAUGCCAAAAUAUGGUUCUGAUACCACUGCGUAG